AUGGCAGCACCUUCGACUUCGACUUCGAGCGAGGCUUGCAAGUAAGUCACGAGCUAAAACUGGAAAUAGUGAAUGCUGGAGUCUUCUGCAUACUCUUCUCGUCUCUUGUACCGUUGCAAUUCUCGAUUUAUUGCGUUCAUCUGCGGCUAAACACGAGGAGCCGCAUGCAGUAAAAUUUCUGUCCCGUAAUUUAAUCAGUUAAAUCAUCAAAGUUGACAGGUCUUUCUGGUGAUCAAAGCGACCGUUCGGUUUACCAUUUACACCUUUAGUGCGAAGACUGUCACGGGAACAUUAACACCUUCAGGAUAAUUGCUUACCAUAACAGUGGUAGGUCGCGCGCGUCUGGUCGGUUUCGAAGAACGUGAUCGUGACUGUUGUUUUCAUUCAGUGACUGUGCGCGUUGAUAUGCCAACGUUUAAAACAGACUCAACAUUAAAUUUUUGUUAUAAAAGCAAAGAAGCUGCUGAGUAGAAACUAAACCGUCCCAGACUUAUUCCGUUUCAUUCGUGUACUUUCAUUUUGAUGGGGUCUGAUGAUGAAUUUACUUCUGCCUUCUAAUCAGGCACGUAAACAACAGAGAUAAAACAUUUCAUUUUGCUUUUGUGGAGUAAAUUCAUCUUAAAAAGUUAAACUAGUGGACCACUUUCUCCGCGUACUUGUAAAACUAGGCAUUUAAUAUGUCGCGCUACAGUGCGGAAAUCUUCUUGUUGUGGAUUAGAUUUCAGUAUACAUAUUCUUCAUUUCGCGCCAGAAUAAAUUAGUUUGCGCGCAAAGGGCUUCUAAAAAAAGAUCACAAGGUUUGUCCCACGUCGAGUCCACCUUCUAGAGAUACGCCGGCACGGUAGCUGGAAUACAUUGCCGAGGCGAAGAUCUGGCAUUUUUUCCUCCUCGUCUUUUCUUCGCGACGUUUGUUUAUAUUUGUAGUGAGAAUGCCGCGCAUAUCGGUGGAUUUUACUUCAGUCAAGCGGCUUCAGUUCCUGCGGCUUGCUACUCAUCAUAAAGAAGAGUGCCGGAAUCGCUUUGUUCGCCUUUAACAGAUUUGUUGUCGAAUGCAAGGUAAAAGAACGGACUACUGUAAGGUAAGAAUUGAAGUUUAAAUUUGUUUCUCGGCGAAAAAUAGUGCAUACAACUCGUGAAACCCGUGAGUAUUACCUCUGUUUAAUAUACCGGAUGUCAUGCGAUGACCCCUCGCUUUUACGAUGGAUAGGACGGAUACAAACAAUAAUUUCUUUCGCAACGUUUAGUAUCAUUUACUUAAUAUGGAGAUCAUCUGAGGACGAUUUUUCGUUAUAUAUGCUUCAUUUCUUGGCUUAUUCUGGCUACGUGCGAAAAAUUAGAUGACAAUGUUUGUCUGCUAUAAUUAUACUGAUAAUUUCUUGCACCUUGAAACUCAUGAAAGCCAAACUUGUUUAACCCUAGCAAAAACUCUUUUAAUGGAGGAACUCAACCUGAUAGUUGCACUAAAAUCUAAUAAUUGUUACUGCAUUUGCAUGCUCUCUGUAACCUCGUGGGUAGAACAUACCCGUGGUUACAUUAAUAAUAAUCACUGCAUUUGCUCUCUGUAACCUCGUGGGUAGAACAUACCCGAAGGUUACGUUAAUGAUAAUCAUUGCAUUUUCUCUUUGUAACCUCGUGGGUAGAACAUACCUGAUGGUUACAUUUAAAAUAAUAAUCACUGCUUUUGCUCUCUGUAACCUCGUGGGUAGAACAUACCUGAAGGUUACGUUAAUAAUAAUCAUUGCACUUUCUCUUUGUAACCUCGUGGGUAGAACAUACCUGAUGGUUACAUUAAUAAUAUCACUGCAUUUUCUCUCCGUAACCUCGUGGGUAGAAUAUACCUGACCGUUACAUUUAAUAAUAAUCACUGCAUUUGCUCUCUGUAACCUCGUGGGUAGAACAUACCUGAAGGUUACGUUAAUAAUAAUCAUUGCAUUUUCCCUUUGUAACCUCGUGGGUAGAAUAUACCUGACGGUUACAUUUAAUAAUAAUAUUAAUCACUGCAUUUGCUCUCUGUAACCUCGUGGGUAGAACAUACCUGAAGGUUACGUUAAUAAUAAUCAUUGAAUUUUCUCUUUGUAACCUCGUGGGUAGAACAUACCUGAUGGUUACAUUUAAAAUAAUCGCUGCAUUUGCUGUCCGUAACCUCGUGGGUAGAGUAUACCUUAUGGUUACAAUAAUAAUCAUUGCAUUUUCUCUUCGUAAUCUCGUGGGAAAAAAAUUAAUGCCUCUCUCCUGGAAAUUUUGCCCUGUCCUUUGAGCAUAGUGAUCUUUGGGUAGCGAAUUCACGAAAACAGGUAAAACGCUUUUUUUAACAACAGCAUUUAUAUUAUUUGGCUUUUUGAGGGAGGUUAAACAUUAAUGGAAUAUAAUAUAAAAAAAGCUGAUAAAGCGGAAAAAGUUAUCUUUACAAAAUGCGCUUUGACAAUGUCAAGGAGUGAAAUAAGCUGAAGUUUUGUAGUUAGCCCGAAGAAAACCUGUUCCUGCAUGAAAAGCAGUUCUGAUUCCCUUCUCUUAACUAGAAGAGAUGCAUAUCCCCGUGAACCAGUUUUUUAACUAGGAGCGAUUCCCACUCACUUAAGAUACUUUAUUGACACGAGUUCCUAUUUCAAUAUAUGUCUAAUUCAAGCUUAGCCGCGUGAUAGCUCUUCAUUAGCGAAAAGGUCCAAGUGAUAUUUUGAUUGACGUGUUGUUUUGGAUCCUGAGGUUUUUUAACACCUUUUCUCUAGCUUAACUGGCGAAGAUAUUCUAGGAAUUUGCCCUUCAAUUCCAAAUUCUUUGAUGUGCCGCCAGAUGCCGUGCAAAAAUAUCACCUCUUGCGGCUCCUCGUGGCCAAUUUUAAGCCUGUAUUAUUUAAUUUAAUUUUAUUAAACUGCGUGUGUUUUUAUGCUUCUCUUUAGUUCAGUAAUGUUUUGGACUCAUGAUCAUGAAGCCAUUCUAUGCAGAGAAGUCGUCAAUGUAAAUCCCUACAGAACUAAGAAAGGGUCAACACAAAGAACUAGAAUGUGGGAAAAAAUAGCAGACAACUUGAACAAAUUCACUGUGCCGAAAUUCAGGGUUGAUAAGCGAUCAGUCCGGGACCACGUGGGAAUCCUUGUUUACAAGCGUAAGAAGAAACUACUAGCGGAGGAAAAAGCAACUGGGAUAACUCCCGAUGAGCCAACGGAACUAGAAAACCUCUUGGAUAUGAUCAUCGCGUUGGAGGAAAGUGGCGAAGCGGAAUUACAGGAAACACAAGGAACAGCUAGCAAAAAACGUCAAUACGAUCGGGCUAAAGUGAAAGAUGUUAGACUAAAAGCGAUGGAGAAGCUGUCAGAGACGAAGAAAAGAGGUUCAUCACAGGAUGAAAGCGAUGACAAACCGAAGCGUCAACCAAGAAGUGGAGGUGAUGCUAUCGAACAAAGCACAAACAAAGCAUUUCUUCGACUUUCUUAA